AUGGAUAUCGACGAGGAUGAUGAUCUUUACCAGCCAGACGAGCCCAAAAUCGAAAGCGCACCUCUAGAAGAGAAGCCCAAAACAGAGGAUCUCGAAGAAGGCGAAGAAGAGGAUGAGGGUGCGGCCAUGGACGAGGAUGACGAUGACGACGACGAUUCAGAUAUCGACAUUAUCACAGAACGCAAAGAUGGCACCAAACCAGCACCUCCACCGCAGGCCAAAUACAGUGACAUUCGAAACAUUCCCCAAAGAACAGCUUCAAAUGAUAUGCCAGCGCAACCAGCGCCGGUAAAAAAGGAAUCCGAAUCACAGACUUCACUCAAUGUUGCUGCGCCUAGCGCCGACAAGACGUCGGCCGCGGCGUCAAAAUCGACUAUCGAUGUGAACGCAAACCCGAUUCAUGCUGGAACUGGAAAGCCUAUCACUCAUGUCAACAUUGACGAAGAUCUCCCAGAGAAUGAUAAGCCAUGGCGCAAACCCGGUACAGAUAUCAGCGAUUACUUCAACUACGGCUUCGACGAGUUUACAUGGGCUCUUUACGCUUCCAAGCAAGAGACAGUCCGGGGCGAGUUUGGGGCCGACGUCUUUGCCCAGAACAACAAGAAGAUGAUGGAAGACUUCAACAUGAUGAUGAUGGGUGGUAUGGGUAUGCCAGGAGGCGGCGGUAAUGCGGCUGCUCAGCAAGGGGGCAUGUCUGGGGGAAUGGACGGUAUGCCUCCUGAGAUGCAGGCCAUGAUGCAACAGAUGAUGGCAUCAGGCAUGGAUCCAAGUCAGAUGGACCCCAGUCAAAUGAAUGCCAUGUUUGCUGGUAUGCAAAAUGGUGGAGGAGCCGCCGGCCAAGGUGGACAGGGUGGUCAAGCAGGCAACUUUGGCGGAGGCUUUGGUGGUAAUCAAGGCGGUUUUGGAUACGAUCAAAAUAUGUCAGGAGGCGGCGGAGGCCGCGGUGGGUUUGGAGGUCGUGGGCGUCGUGGAAGAUGGUAA